CUGCCCUCGCAGCCGCACGUGCCCGUGAGUGCACCGCUAAUAGCACACCAAUUACUGACAUCCCGACCUUCAAUCCGUGCGAAGGAGACGUCUAUAUCAAGGUGGCCAGCAAAGUAUGUGAAGUAGUUGGUACACGCAUGCACCAAACGCACCGAGGACGUCGGUCAUGAAUUCCCGGAGAUAGUGUCAGGUGGUGAUAGUUAGAGCGGGUGUAGCGACGGUAUGCGUGUGCUGGUCGCGACACUAGCCGCGCUGGUGGCGCGCGCAGUCGCCGGCCCGCACGAGCACCGUGCACGACAUCAUGCUCCCGAACAUACCCUACAUUUCCCUGCUCCAGACGCACAACAACCCUAUCGAGGACAUGGCGAAGCAGUUCGGUACAAUCCUGAAUUAGAUACCAUACUUCCCCGUAUCGAUGAACACGAAACCUCAUCGAAAAGAGCCAAGUAUGAAGAAGCGGAAUCAUCCUCAAAGCGUGCAAGAUACGACGAAAGAUUUUACUCCAACCACGAACGGGCUGAAGAACUCAUGGCGGACGAACCACAACUAGGUCCCGAAGAUGAUGAUCCUUUGAUCGUUCGGACGAAAAAAGGAAAAGUCAGAGGAAUAACACUUACAGCGGCGACAGGAAAACAAGUCGAUGCCUGGUUUGGAAUUCCUUAUGCUCAAAAACCCAUCGGGGACUUGAGGUUCCGACAUCCGCGACCGGUGGAGAAUUGGGGAGAUGAAAUACUUAAUACAACGUCACUGCCACAUUCAUGCGUUCAAAUUGUAGAUACUGUAUUUGGCGAUUUCCCUGGGGCUAUGAUGUGGAAUCCUAACACGGAUAUGCAGGAAGACUGUCUCUAUAUUAAUAUAGUUACGCCUAAACCUCGUCCAAAAAAUGCUGCGGUAAUGCUCUGGGUGUUCGGAGGCGGUUUUUAUUCUGGGACUGCAACCUUAGACGUUUACGAUCCCAAAAUUCUUGUUUCGGAAGAAAAAAUUGUGUACGUUUCGAUGCAAUACCGCGUAGCAUCGUUAGGAUUUUUGUUUUUUGAUACACCGGACGUACCUGGAAAUGCAGGCUUAUUUGAUCAAAUAAUGGCAUUGCAUUGGGUAAAAGACAACAUAGAAUACUUCGGAGGGAAUCCUCAUAACAUAACUUUAUUCGGUGAAUCAGCGGGUGCUGUGUCAGUAUCUUUGCAUUUGCUUUCGCCUCUUUCAAGAAAUUUGUUUACGCAAGCGAUAAUGCAGUCGGGAGCAGCGACCGCGCCCUGGGCUAUUAUAUCUCGGGAAGAGAGCAUCCUUCGAGGAAUACGGUUAGCUGAAGCUGUUCAUUGUCCAAACUCUCGAACAGAUAUGGGUCCUAUGAUUGAUUGUUUACGAAAGAAAAGCGCAGAUGAACUCGUAAAUAAUGAAUGGGGGACAUUAGGAAUCUGUGAAUUUCCUUUUGUUCCAAUAAUUGAUGGAUCAUUUUUAGAUGAGAUGCCUAUAAGAUCUUUGAUUCACCAGAAUUUCAAAAAGACAAAUUUACUAAUGGGGUCGAAUACUGAAGAGGGUUAUUAUUUCAUUCUUUAUUAUCUCACGGAAUUAUUUCCAAAAGAAGAAAAUGUAGGUAUCACGCGGGAACAGUAUCUGCAAGCUGUAAGAGAAUUAAAUCCUUACGUAAAUGAUGUAGCUAAACAAGCUAUUGUAUUUGAAUACACGGAUUGGCUGAACCCUGAUGAUCCGGUUAAAAAUCGCAAUGCAUUAGACAAAAUGGUUGGUGACUAUCAUUUUACCUGUGGUGUUAAUGAAUUUGCUCAUCGAUACGCGGAAACCGGUAAUAAUGUGUAUACUUACUAUUAUAAACAUCGCAGUAAGAAUAAUCCUUGGCCAUCAUGGACUGGUGUGAUGCACGCUGAUGAAAUCAAUUAUGUAUUUGGUGAACCUCUCAACCCUGGGAAAAAUUAUUCACCCGAAGAAGUGGAGUUUAGUAAACGAUUGAUGAGAUAUUGGGCUAAUUUUGCUAGAACUGGGAAUCCUUCGAUUGGUCCAAAUGGUGAAAUAACAAAAGUCCAUUGGCCAUUGCAUACAGCAACUGGUAGAGAAUAUCUCUCCCUUGCUGUAAAUUCUAGUGCCAUAGGUCACGGACUACGAGUGAAGCAAUGUGCGUUUUGGCAAAAAUACUUACCUCAACUCAUGGCUGCUACCAAUAAACCGGAACCACCAAAGAACUGCACCAACGCAGCAGAAACCGCAGAAAUUUCUAUAAAUACUUUCAGCUUUAGUUUAAUUGCAAUUGUUAACUUUCACUCUAUAUUUUUUAAAUUCGUCAAAUAAACUGUCUAUACAAUUUUAAUUAAGCUUCAGUUAGUUCUAUAUAUAUUGUUUUCUUCGUUUGAGCAUUGUUUCUUUGGCAUGAGCCUAAGAUAAAAAAUUGUUUUUUUUGUAUGUAUUAAUUAUUAGGAUUUUAGAAGUUUUAUUUAUAAGCCACCUAAAGUGUUUUAUUGCGCUAUAAGUCCAGACUCUAUUAGAGGAUACUCGAUAUUAAGUUCCAUAAUUAAUAUGUAAGUGAUGAAUAAUUAUUGUUUGUAUUAAUGAUAAAAGGAGUGAUGCCUCCAACAACAUAUCACUUGUUAAUAAUAAAAUUGUACGUAGAUAUAAUUUUUUCAUAGCUGGUAAGUCACUACAUAUCUAUCGAGGUGGGAUGUGCGCAAAUUUCUGGCGAAAACUAAUUAAGUAUGACUCUAAAAUGAAAAGGAUACGUCUCAUAUUUGCACAGAUAAUAAUAUUCAUAUUUUUAUCUGAACCUGUUCAAGGAGGUUGUAUUGAAAGGUUUUAAAGUCGCUCAUUAUUGUGACGUAGUUUGCAUAAAGUACCACGUAUAUUGAGUAAGUGAAACUGUAGUGAUCUAUGGAUACUUACCGUGGGUUUCCGAGACCUAUAUCGCCGUUUAAAACAUAUUGUUAUCUCCGUUUUUUUCAAAGAUAAUGACAGGGAUGACGAUAUGAUUUAUACAUAGAUUAGGUCUCGGAAAUUCACGAUUAAUGUCCCGGAUUCAGGUUUGAAAUAGCAAAGUUCAGA